GGCGCGCCAGUUCCAAAUCGAAUCGUACAUGCACAGACGUACGUCGAUGCAGCAUUUAUACACACCGUACGCAGCUGCAAUACUGAAGAUUAAGGGAGAAGAUAUAGGAUUUCAAGUUCAGAACAACAAGUUAAGAAGCUUGCUGCACGAUGGAAUUCAUCGAGGAUGAUGACGGAGUGGCAAUGCAGACGCCUUUGCGGGCAAUUCUACCUAGAUCUACCCAUAAUGAAGAUCAUGAAUACCAUUACCAUGUAAAUAACUUUGAGAGCCAUGAUGAAUCUGGAUUCACAGCAUCACUGGUGAUAAAUGUCAAAGCAGAAGAUGAUGCAAAAAAAUGGAUGAGCGAGUUUGCAGAGUCUUCUCGCACCACAUGGAGGGUAAUGAGAACCUGCCCGACAGCGAAGAAAUAUGUGCUCUUCAAGAAGAUCUAUCGAUGUCAUCAUGGGCAGCAAAGACGGGCUAAGGAAGGGACAUCUCGUCACAGCAAGGACACUGGGUGCUGCGCUAAACUUACUCUCACUGUAAGGAGAACAGUGACACAAUCCGGGAGGAAGAGCAAAAACUCAGACCCCCAUAUCCAGACACAUCCAACACUGGUUAAGCUAGAAUGGAAACAUAACCAUGUUAUCUCCAUUCCUGCUGCACUUAAGUACAGAGAUGCGAGUCCUGAGACCUGUGCAAAACUUGAGGAGCUGUUUAAGAAUGGGAACUCACCAGCCAGUGCACUCAACAUUCUAGAAUUGGAGCUACAGAUACAGGAUCCAGACAAGUACGUCAUGAACUGUGCAGACAGGUCGAUUUGCCCAGAUUUGCACUUUUGUUACCGACUCUAUCACAAGAUCUUCAGAAAGGCCUAUGGUCCUGCAGAUGGUGCAGAUAUGGUCGCAGCUGUUGACGAGAAAGUAAUUGCUAAUUACAACAAAGAAGCAGGGAUGACGUGUGCCAAGAUGAUUAGGAGCAGCACUGGGGAGCUGAUCAUAGGAAUUUGCACUCCACUGAUGCAGCGUGUACACACUUUAAUGACUCACAGCAGCGAACUUGUGUUCAUUGAUUCGACAGGCAAUGUUGACCGCCACGGAAGCAGGGUGUUCCUGCUGUUGACACACAGCUCUUCGGGUGGCCUGCCUCUGGGGGUCAUCAUAACGUCGAACGAGCAGGAGCGGACCAUCGUUGAAGGGUUGCAGCUGCUGCAGACCAUCUGUCCAGCUGGUGCCUUUGGGGGAAAUGGUAAUGAUGGGCCAGCAGUCUUCAUUACUGAUGACUGCACCGCAGAGAGGAAGGCCCUCCAUGCUGUUUUCCCCCAAUCUGUACUUCUCCUCUGCUCGUUUCACCUCUUGCAGGCUGUGUGGCGGUGGCUAUGGGAUAGUAAACAUGGCAUCCAAAAACACCAUCGACAGGGCCUGUUCUUCCAUGUGAAGAACAUGGUCUAUGCUGAGGAUGCCACUGCUGUUGAGGCAGCUUUUGAGAGUGCCAUCAGUGAUCCUGCUGUUAUACGGUACCCUGGAUAUAGAGCAUAUAUCAACUCCUUAUAUGAGAGACGACAAGUGUGGGCCCAGGCAUUCAGAAUUGGACUGAGGAUUCGGGCAAACAACACAAAUAACUAUGCCGAAGCCGCCAUGAAGGUCCUCAAAGACUCCAUCCUUCAACGCUCCAAGGCAUUCAACGUGCCUCAGUUAUUAGACUUCAUGAUCCUCUGCAGGUUUGAAGGAUUCUACCAGAGGAGACUUCUGUCAGUUGUCAACCAGCGCCCACUAAAGUGGAAUAUCCAAACCCACAACAGAUCCAAGAUCAGCAAAGAUGACAUUUCCAAAACUGGGGAGAGCACCUACGAAGUCACCAGUCAGAGUGAUCGACAAUGUCACUACACUAUUGACAUGGCAGUUGGUGUUUGUACAUGCCAUGAAGGUAUAACUGGGGGUGCCUGCAAACAUCAAGAGGCCAUUGUGACACACUUCAAAGUGGCAUCAAGCAACUUCCUCCCAACUUCUGCCAAGGAAAGGGAAUUGUUACUCAAAAUUGCAACUGGAUGUAAUGACAAUGUCCCGUCUGGAUGGAUGGACCCUCUUCAGUCCGUGGAGCCAAUGGCAGAAGAUGUGGCAGAACCACGAUUGCAAGAAACAGCACUGGUCAAUGGCCAUGGUGAUAUGCAGGAUAGAAGAUAG